GCCGAAGGCCGUGGCGACGUCGAAACCUGCGUCGAAACUGGCGAAUAUGAACGGUUGAAAUGUUGCGCCCGUGGGAAGCUGCGUGGGAAGGUCAAACGCGGCUAUCCACGUGGCACGUUGGCGAUUGGCAUAGCAGCGACAUGCAACAUCACUGCCAGAAAGCCUCUCAUCGGCCUUUCACCGAAGGCAAAAGGCCCCAGCCUCGCUCAAGCGCCCCAUUGCAAUACAAUCUGUAUAAGUAGGAGUGCCGUUUCAGAGUGCGAGUGGCAAGUUGCCAGCACAAGAAAAGUUGGCACUGGGUCCAGCACCGCUUGUCCAUUAGCUUCUGCAACCCACUGCAUCAUCCCGCGGCACUCUAACAUGAGCAUAUCAUCCCUAUGCAGCAAGUUCCGCGACUACCUCCUCCUCACUCUACUUCGCUUCAUCGCAAAGUCAGCCAGCCGCCCUCCACCCUGCGCCUUCCGCACAUUCACCGAGAUCCCCUCGCGCGACCCCACAAGGACGAUCAAAGCACACAUCUAUACUCCUCCGAUCCUCUGUCACAGCAACGCGCCCAGUGCCGUUAUCAUCAACUGGCAUGCAGGAGGCUUUAUUCUACCGGUUCAUGGGCAAGACGCAAAGUUUUGCGCAUCGAUGGCAGAAGAUGUUGGUUGCGUCGUAAUUGACGCGGAUUAUCGCAAAGCGCCCGAGGACGCGUUUCCCGCUGCCGUGGAGGAUGUGGAGGAUGUGGUGCGUUGGGUGUUGGGGAGGCGCGAAGUCUAUGAUAUCGGGAGGAUCGCGGUUACCGGCUUCAGUUCCGGUGGAACCUUGGCACUUGGAGUUUGUUUAAGGACACAAUCUGCCGCAGGAGGUGGUUUUGGGCUCGACAUGGGAUUGACGAUUCCGCGUGCUGUGGUAACGUUUUACCCUCCUACUGAUAAAUCUAUCCCGCCUGAAGCCAAGACCGCCGUUGGCGACCUCGUUGAUCCCACACCGCCUUUCAUUCUUGAAUUGUUUGGAAAGGCAUACCCCGGUGUGACAGCCGACCUCGCCAACCCACUCAUCUCACCUUCCCGUGCCGACCUGACACGAUUCAGCGACUCGGACUACCUCAUUCUUACAUGUGCUGGGGAUCUCCUGUGUGCGGAGGCCGAGGAACUGGGGCACCGGCUGGAGCAGCGAGCAACCGAGGACCAUCGUGGGCGGAAGGUUCUCGUUAAGAGACUGGAAGGUGUGGGGCAUGCUUGGGACAAGAAAGCCCGAGAUGGCACCCGGGAGGCGGAGGUCAGGGAUGAGGCAUACGUGUUGGCUGCGGAGUUCUUGAAGGAGAGUUUAUCCCGGCUGUGAAAUUAGCCUAUGCAGUUGGUGCAACAUGCGAGUUGAGGGAACUACAUCCGAGUAACAUUACGGAAAGAGUCUCCUCUCGAUCGACUGCUUUCUCCGAUCCCUAGUUCCGCAGUGCGAAGCUACCGCUUUUUGUGUUUUGAUGAUAUAUAUAGAGCGGUGGUCAGACACUGCUUCAACGCAGCAAGACAUGUGACUGUAUCGGUACUUGAAAGUAUGGGCAACAUAUAAUCAUAAGGUUCACACCACAAAGGGCCAAGUGCAGGCCGCGUUUAGAGACACAAGCGGUUGUAGUGCAGAAUAGGUUGUAAUACUGUAUACGUAUGGGCUCAUGAAUAGAAAAAUAUGCCAUUGCCGCAUAUAAAACCCCCC